AUGCAUAACGAACAUGUCAGUGAAAAUAAUCGACUUCGCAAAUUAUGGCGUCAUCGCUGGUUUAAAAUUAUUUGUAUCUCAUUUAUUGUGAUAACAAUAUUAGCAGUUACAUUUUCUAUGAUAUUAAAAUUUGUCAUACUUGCACCAAAGAAGGAUAUGCCUAUCACAUCAACAACAUCAUCAUCAUCAACAACAAAUACACCUUUAACAACGGUUACAACUACAGACAAGCAGCCUGAAUGGAUCAAUAUUGGCAAUAUGAGUCAUUCACGAGAGAGUUUUGCAGCAACCUUAUUAGCAAAUGGAUCAGUGCUAGUUACUGGCGGAUGGAAUUUUGAUGACAUUGAAAUUCAUAGAAGUACCGAAUUGUACGAUCCCUCGACAAGAAUUUGGACACCAACUGGUAAUAUGAAACAUGGUCGACAGGCGCACAUAACACUCUUAUUAACAAAUGGAAAAGUGUUAGCUACUGGUGGAAUGAUUCCUGCUAUUCUGGAAAAUGAUUGUGAGUUAUACAAUCCAUCCACUGGAGCUUGGACCAGUACUAGUAGUAUGACUCAUAAAGUAGAACUGUAUACAGCAUGCUUAUUAACAAAUGGACAAGUGCUAGUUACUGGUGGAUCGAAAUUUUAUAGUGUUAAAAGUGAAAGCACUGCUCAAUUGUACGAUCCAUCGAAAGAUAUUUGGACCACUAUUGUUAGUAUGUACCAUGCGCGACAGGGUCACACAGCAUCCUUAUUAAAAAGCGGAGAAGUAUUAGUUGCUGGUGGAUCGAGCAAUCGCACUUCUUUAGACAGUGCUGAGUUAUAUAAUCCAUUACAAGGAACUUGGGCCAUUGCUAGAAGUAUGAACCAGAGUCGAGAACGUCACACAGCAUCCUUAUUAACAAAUGGGAGAGUAUUAGUUAUUGGUGGAGCGAACGGCGAUACUAUCUUGAAUAGUGCUGAGUUGUACGAUCCAUUGACAGGAUUGUGGACAACCACUAGUAGAAUGAAUUAUCGACGAAAGAGUCACACAACAACCUUAUUAAAAAAUGGAAAAGUACUAGUUACUGGUGGACAGAUAUUUGAUAGCCACGAAUCUGAAAGCAGUGCUGAGUUGUAUGAUCCAUCGAGUGACAUUUGGACAACUACUGGUAGUAUGAAUCACGGACGAAGGGAUCACACAGCAACCUUAUUAACAAAUGGAAAAGUAUUAGUUACUGGUGGAAGGAGCAGUCCCAUUAUUUUAAACAGUGCUGAGUUAUACGAUCCAUCAACAGGUUUUUGGACGACUACUAAUACUAUGAUUAGUGAACACCUGAAACAUGCUGAGUCGAAACCAAAAAAUGCAAACUUAUUGGUUAGUAGUGAACGAUNAGAGUCUUUUACAAAACCUUGGAUACUGCUAAACCUCAUACAGGUUUCGCAUGAUUCUACGGACACGUAUAUAGUAUAGUAAAACUCCACGAAACCUCAGAGGUUUCGUGUGGCACCUUUUUUUUUCAGUGUACACCAAUGAGAUUUUCUAAUCAUUUACAAUCAAUUCAUCACUUCAUCAUCUCGAAUCACAUAAUUUUUGGAAUAUAGACUACAAUCUCUUCAUAUUCAUUCUUUCGAAACUAUCAUUUCUAUCACAUCUAUAUUACUUAACUAUUGACAUGUUUGAUGAAUCGAUUCUUAGAACCGAUAUUUAUCAAUUAUUAUUUAGUCUUUCAAAAUUAAAAUAUUAUUAAUUUGUUUCCAAUAAAACAAAUCUAUCUGUCGCAUGACCAACUCCUGCCAAUGAACAAAGUCCACUAGAAUAUCUUCUGAUUGAUCAUUAUUUUACAUUCCAAGAACUUUCUGGAAUUCUUUGUUGCACGCCGCAACUUCGUUCUUUGAAAUUUAGCUAUGAUUUUACCAGUAUCGAAAAUGAAUCAUAGAUUCUAUCGAUUCAACCAAAAGAAUUAAUAUGUCUUUCUUUACAUUUGAACGCUACUGAUUUUGUGACAUUUAGACGAUUUAUUAGAACAUUAAAAUGGAAAUUAAAGAAAUUAUCGAUCAUUACUCAUUCGGAAGAGGGUGUGGGGAGGGGUGGGUGUGGGUGGGGGUGGGGAUGUGGGUGGGUGUGGGUGUGGAUGUGGUGUGUAUUAUGAGAAUAAGAACACCCACACCCACCCACACCGCUUUUCUAAAUUAUUCAUGAGGUUGAAAUCUAUUUCUUGACACAAAAAGGUGCCUCAAAUUGAAAAUAUAGACAUUUUUUUGCAAGUGAUUUUUUUGAAUGACGAACUUUUAUCGACAAAGUUAGUACUAUCUCUUAAAAAUACAUCAUUUUUCAUUAUUUUAAAUACUGCGUUUAGACAUUAUAUCUUAAAUUAUUUAACAAAGAAAAAUGAUAUUUUAUUCUAAUAAAAUGUUGAUCAAAUGAUAUGUUUCUAGCGUUCAUCACUUUUAAUAGUAGAAGAGAAUAACGGCUCUUCAUUUUUCAAGGAACAUAUCAAUAAGAUUUACACAAAGUCCACUAACUCUUAGUAUCAGAACAAAACUUUCUUAUUCAGUUUACCUUAAGAAAAUAGCCCAUUAAAAACUGUCAAUUUUCUCUGUCCCAUUCGUUAUUAUGUAAUUCU